GUAGUGAACGAAACUGCCCCUCAUUAUCGAACGAUCUAUCGGCGCACCGUUCGUUUGAAGUGCACGCUAUCGGUGACGGUUGUCGACGGUUCCAGUAAGCCUCCCCGAUGGCAGCCGUCGACACGUCGUCGACAGUCUUGCAUUGACAGCGCCGUGACCGGUUGCCGGUAGUGAUGCGCGAGCGUUCGGUCGCUAGCUGCGUACCAUCGAGGCGCCAUUGCGUCCUGGUCGCCACAGUAACGGGGACCGUCUCACUGGCUACUCUGUUUAUCCUGUACUCGUACGAUGUCAGUGCCAAGGUGUCACUUCCUAACAGGAUACUCGAUAGUGAUGGUGAGAAAUCGCAGCAACCCGGACAGAAGUUUCUCUACGCCAUCGAAGCGAACGGUGAUAAAAGUGAUGAGGCGAAGGGAUUUCAGUUCGCGUACACAACGCUCGGAUUGGAUCCCCGUUAUCCCGUGCCACCGGGUGAUAUGGGCGUAGCAGUCAAAGUGAAUCUCUCCGAUAGUGCCAUCGGUACGAUGGUGGACGAAGGUAUGACGAAACAGGGCUUCAAUCAGUACUCCUCCGACCUGAUGGCUCUCCGACGCCGCUUGCCCGAGAUUCGGGAUCCAUGGUGCCGGGAGUCCGGUCGAUUUCUGGCCACCCUUCCACCAACCUCGAUCGUGAUCGUGUUCUACAACGAAGCGUGGUCGGUGGUGCUACGGACGGUCCAUUCCGUGCUCGAUCGCUCACCGGCUCAUCUGCUGCGUGAGAUCGUGCUCGUCGAUGACUGUUCUACGUUGCCAAACCUAAAAACUCAAUUAGAGGAGUAUCUGCGACCGUACGCAAAAGUGCGCGUCAUCCGGGCACCGCAGCGGUUGGGGUUGAUAAGGGCAAGGAUAUUUGGGGCGAAAAAUACGACUUCCGAGGUGAUUACGUUCCUUGAUGCACACGUUGAGUGUACGGUAGGUUGGUUGGAGGCGCUGCUCGAUGUGGUGGCUCGCAAUUCUACCACAAUCGCCAUUCCGACGAUCGAUUGGAUCGAUGAGAAGAGUAUGGCGCUGGUGGCGAACAAAUCAAUCUCAUACAUCGGUGCAUACGAUUGGGAUCUCAACUUUGGGUGGUGGGGAAGGUGGUCGAUAAAGAAAAAGUACGACAACAAGAUGGUUCCCUUCGAUACCCCCGCGAUGGCCGGUGGUCUGUUCACGAUCAAUCGGACGUUCUUCGAGCGGCUCGGUUGGUACGACGAGGGUUUCGACAUUUACGGUAUCGAGAACAUUGAGCUGUCGAUGAAGAGCUGGAUGUGCGGCGGCAAGAUGGUGACGGUACCGUGUUCCCGUGUAGCUCACAUCCAAAAGGUUGGCCAUCCCUAUCUGCGGAACGAGAAAAAGGAUGUGGUGCGUGCGAACUCGAUCCGGUUGGCGGAAGUGUGGAUGGAUGAGUACAAGCACGUGAUCUUCGACAUCCACGGUAUACCGCAUUAUCUGGAAGAGGAGUUCGGUUCCGUUGAAAACCGAAAGGCGAUACGAGAACGUGCCGGUUGUCGCGGUUUUCGCUACUACAUCGAGAAUGCGUUCCCGGAGAUGCAUAGCCCCGAUGUUGCCGGCGCGUUCCGUGGUGAGGUGCAUAGUGUCGUUCUAGGAGUGACCAUGUGUCUGGACUAUAGGCAUACCGACAGCUUUCUUGGAAUGGCGCCGUGUGAUGGGAAGCAACGAGGCCAAUUCUGGACGCACAAUUACUACGAGGAGCUGAACAGCUAUCGGUAUUGUAUCGAUUUUACCGGCAGCAACCUUGGAGUGUUCGGAUGCCAUCGUUCGCGGGGUAACCAGGCCUGGCGUGUACUGGUGCACACGGGACAGAUCCAGAGCGUUAAGCAUCAGCAGUGUCUCGCGCUUAAUCUCCUCACGAACGUUACACUCACGAUGGAAACGUGUGAUGAAAAGCGUGCUUCACAGCGUUGGUCCCUCGCUUAUGUCCACUAUGACGUGACACCGUUCAAGGGGAAAAGUUGACGAGCGCAUCGCGAAGCCGAUAAGCCAGUGGUUUCAGUGUUUCAGGGCGUUUGCAGCUUAUCUGGCCAGCUAGUGGGCCAACAACGGAGUGCGUCGUUCCCCCCUCUUUGACGCCUAUUAAUUAAUCCGAAAACCUAUCUCAUCGAUAGUGUGCCGCUUAUCGAGCGCCCAGAUAAGACAACAACCGUGCACGAUACGUUUCCCUCGUGGAUUUACGGGUUGUUUUAUUCGAUCUGUUCGAUGGUAACCUCACCGUAAAGAUAAAUUACUUUAAAGAAACCUAAAAAA